GACUGCAGCAACAUGGUGUUUCUCUGGUUCCUCUCCUGCUUCACCCUCGUGGGGGCCUCCUUCAGCUGUGGGGUCCCCACCAUCCAACCCAUGCUGAGUGGCCUGUCCAGGAUCAUCAAUGGGGAGGACGCUGUCCCUGGCUCCUGGCCCUGGCAGGUGUCCCUGCAGGACAGCACCGGCUUCCACUUCUGCGGGGGCUCCCUCAUCAGUGAGGACUGGGUGGUCACCGCUGCCCACUGUGGGGUCACAACCUCUGAUGUGGUUGUGGCCGGAGAGUUUGACCAGGGCUCAGACGCUGAGGACAUCCAGGUCCUGACGAUUGCCAAGGUUUUCAAGAACCCCAAUUUCAGCUUGCUCACUGUCCUCAACGACAUCACCCUGCUGAAGCUUUCCACGCCCGCCCGCUUCUCCCAGACCGUGUCGGCCGUGUGCCUGCCCAGCGCCGACGACGACUUCCCCGCCGGGAUGCAGUGCGCCACCACCGGCUGGGGCAAGACCAAGUACAACGCCAUCAAGACCCCCGACAAGCUGCAGCAGGCGACCCUGCCCCUUUUGUCUAACGGGGACUGCAAGAAGUACUGGGGCAGCAAGAUCACCGACGUGAUGAUCUGCGCGGGCGCCAGCGGCGUCUCCUCCUGCAUGGGUGACUCUGGUGGUCCCCUGGUCUGCCAGGAGAAUGGAGGCUGGACCCUGGUGGGCAUUGUGUCCUGGGGCAGCAGCAUCUGCUCCACGUCCACGCCUGCCGUUUAUGCUCGUGUCACUGUGCUCAUCCCCUGGGUUCAGGAGAUCCUAGCCAACAACUGAGUCUGUGGCUCUGGCCAUCCCAACCCCAAGGGUCCCCAAUAAAACCAACUGUACA